CUCGCUUCCUUGUUGAUUUCUCUGGUGACUCCAUGAGCAUUUAGUAGGCUCUCUCUUAAACAAGGUACGACGCUUGAGCAUCUUUCUGCAAACUUUGUGUGGUUGUGUGGCUUUUCUGUUGCAACCUAUCGAGUUCCCUUGUUUCAUGGCAAGAUUUUGCUAUUUGUCAGUACCUGAUUGAUGCAGUUCAAAAAUCUAAAUACUUAUUUUCUUUCUCUAUUAGUCUUUUACAUCGGACUCAUUUGUUAUUGAACAGGUUUUAUGACGAGUCAUUCUUGAUUAUUCUUGCAUCCAUUCUAUUUUGACAGGUUUUGACAAUUGGGUUUCCAUUCCUUUAAAUUCUGUGUGUAACUUUAGUAUCUCUGAACUUUUUUUCAAAUGUCUUUAGAUGCUCAAAAUCUUUUCUUUUGAGCUGUGGACUCGAAUCCCUUGCUUCCAGUGAAAGAGGAAUGCUUCACCUUUCACUUCAUCUUAGCUAUCCAUUUUAAACAAAUGAGUCAAUCGAAUCUUGAUCCAUUGCAGCUUAGGUGACAGUUUAGGGAGGACACUGAACUUCAUGAGAAAUAGUCUACGAAUUUGGGCAGCUACUGCACUCUUACUACAUGGAAGUGCGAACUACCAUGACAAGGCGCAGGUGCUAUUGCAGCAGAUCACAUGUUGCAUGGCAGCAAAGGCAAAGAGUUGGUAACUCUAUGCUGUAACUUUAAUGGGUGACUGUUCCUCUGUUAGUGCGAAGGAUGUCGUGAUCUCUGGUCAUCUACAUUUGCCGCGCUGUCACCGCAUAAUGUGAAGGUGUUAGGAUGAUGAAAGGGAGGGUUGCUGAGGUAGCUGACAUAUGUACAGAUGAUAAUGUCAUACAUUCAGAGAGUUGGAUGUGAAAGAGGAAAAAUGGGAUCUUGAGCGAAACAUCUGAUUGUCUUUUGUUUGAUGAGACAGGAACACAUUGCCUAUAUUGCUUUGGACCAUUCUUACUCAAGUUGUGGCAAACUUUGGUAUCCGACCAAACACCCCUCAUAUCUUGGCCCUUUGUUCGUUAUGGAUAUCUUAGAAAAAUGGAAAGGCAUAACAUGCCUAUUUUAUCUAGAGAUAGUUGGUAAGCUUACUAGAUAAUAAAAUGCCGCACUUGCCUAAAUGAACCAUGUGGAUUUUAUUAUGGAUAAAUUUAUAUCUAUAUCUACUAGUAUUAGUAAGUGAGGAGAAAUUUGUUCUCCCCCUCAAAAUGAGAGAGGGGAGAAAUUUAUUUCAUAGGAGUAAUUUAUAUGGAACAAAUACUCACUUUUUCUUCUCAAUGCUUGGUUGGAUUGAAUCACAAGGUAUGGAUUGUGACACGCAGAUCAUUAAUUAAUCAUUUUUCUUUUUUUAUAUACGAACACCCUUCAAUUUCACCAUUCCUUUUUUUUUUACUUUUUACCACUCCCACAGUUAACCCGUAUUAACGUGGUCUUUCUAGACAUUUCCACCGUCUUUCUCUCUUGCUCUUUUCCAGCCAUUUUUUUCUCGUCAUUUCUAGUCCUCUCUCUUCCCAAAAUUUCUCUUCCUUGCUGUAUUACACAAGUAAGCCUUGUUGGCUCACUACCACCUUGUUCCUCGAUGCUGGGUGUUGUUACCUAUUUUCCUUGUGCCACACACUCGUUUCCUGUCCGGCUCCGGUGUGCAAGCCACCCCACCACAGCAGAGUGGAGGUGCACACAAGAAGGCACCGGAGUGCAGCUGGACGCCCAGCGUGAGAUUUCACUAGGCAGCAAGGAAUCGACUGAGCCAUCAAGGAGCGAAGAGGCGCGAGCAGCUUCCCUAUACUCUAAUUUUAGGACUCACGAAAUGACAUAUAUCUUUUAGGACUUGAAAUCUCACCUGCAAGUAGAUAGCGUUCAUCUCCCCAAUAAACGCAUGACAAAUCUUGCUAUUGAAAUUCUUGCUACAAAAGAUCUGUUUCCAUCUGUGGUGUACAAAUUGCGUUUUCCGCCAAAAAGGUUAAAAAGAUCAGUUAUUGGUGCUUCUCCAGAUGUAGCAUCCGCGUGGAGAAGAUGAACUCUCCACGAGAGCCACACUUGGCGUUGCAAACGCACCACCUUUUGGCCUUGGCGUGCAGACUUUGGAUAUAAUCCCGAUUAGCUUAUCGCAUCCUCGCUAAUUGCCUCUUACCGAAAUGUAGGGAAAGGCUGCGUACAAUAGACCCAAAGUGAUCCUCGGACCCUGCGCAAGCGGGAGCUACAUGCACCGGGCUGCCCUUUAUUGUUGUGUGUGAUGGUAACAUUGGGCAUGGAGUUCUUCACAGAAUAUGGGGAGGCAAGCCAGUAUCAGAUCGAAGAGAUCAUUGGCAGGGGAAGCUUCGGAGUAGUUGCUGCUGCAGUAGAUACCCAAACUGGGGAGCGGGUUGCGAUCAAGAAGAUACAUGAUAUGUUUGAGCAUGCCUCAGAUGGCACCCGCAUUCUUUGGGAAAUCAAGCUUCUUCGGCUUCUCCGCCACCCAAACAUAGUUGAGAUCAAACACAUCCUGCUCCCCCCUGCCCGAAGGGAGUUUAGAGAUAUUUAUGUUGUUUUUGAGCUCAUGGAGUCGGACCUACAAAAAGUGAUGCAAGUAAAUGAAAACCUCACUGCAGGGCAUCACCGGUAUUUCUUGUAUCAACUUCUUCAUGCCCUCAAGUACAUCCAUGCAGCUAAUGUAUUUCAUCGUGACUUAAAACCGAGCAACAUACUUGUCAAUUCGAACUGCAAACUAAAGAUCUGUGACUUUGGGCUUGCACGAGCAUCGCGUGAUGAUCCUCCCUUGGCUAUAUUUUGGACUGACUAUGUGGCUACAAGGUGGUACCGUGCUCCUGAAUUAUGUGGCUCAUUUUUCUUCAAAUACACCCCUGCAAUUGAUAUUUGGAGCAUAGGGUGCAUAUUUGCUGAAGUUCUCACUCGAAAACCAUUAUUUCCUGGGACGAAUGUCAAGCACCAACUAGAUCUGAUAACAGAUGUCCUUGGAACUCCAUCACAUGAAACCCUGUCCCAGAUUCGUAAUGAGAAGGCCAGGAGAUAUUUGACUGGCAUGAAGAGGAAACAUCCUAUCCCCUUUCCUAGUAUGUUUUGUAACGCUGAUCCUCAGGCUGUCCGUCUCCUAGAACGCUUACUCGCAUUUGAUCCUAAAGAUCGACCUACUGCUGAAGAGGCUUUAGCUGAUCCAUAUUUUGAAGGAUUUCCUAACUUGGAACAUGAGCCUUCACCACACCCCUUUUCAAAACUUGAGUUCGAAUUUGAGAGAUGGAAGCUAACAAAGGAUGGUAUAAGAGAUCUGAUAUACCGAGAGAUUUUGGAGUACCACCCACAGAUGCUUCAGGAUUAUAUCAGAGCUGGAGGACAGACUAGUUUCGUCUAUCCAAGUGGGGUUGAUGAUAUGAGACUGCAGUUUGUACAUCUUGAGGAGAACCACCUCAGAGGAGAAAGAGGUACUCCACUGCGGAGGCGACAUGCAUCUUUACCAAGGGAAAGAGUCUGUGCACCAAAGGGCAGUGAUAAUCAAGACUGUAACAAUGAGAGGAGGAGGACAGCAUCUUCUGCUGCCCAAACUACCAUAAGAUCACAACAAGAGGGGCUGACACAUGCAUAUGUUUAUCAAAAUGGCACAAGCAUUCCGAACUUCUGCUCAGGGUAUUACUUGCAGAAUGGUAGUACCAGUGCUUCCAGUUGUGUCAUCGAUGACCAUGAAGGCCUGAAGGAGAACGGCGUCUCUGAGGAGGAGAAGGUGGCCUAUGAACUGUCACAAUGUUUUGCCAGGAUUUAGCCAAGAUGCACUCCUAAGCAACCAUGAUCCCGACGCAGCUCCAAAUUUCAGCAGUGGUUCCACCAUGUAGUCUUAUGGGUGGAGGUGCUGCGAAUUUCACAGCAACCAUUUACAUUAUCUGAAAACAUGUAAUAAAUCUGAGUUGAAAAAUGUUGUGUUGAUCUGCAUCGGUAUACAUCCAGUGUAAAUUGUGUGGGCACCGUACUGUAAGAGUCUAGAAUCGAAGAACAUCGUGUGUGUGUGUGUGUGUGUGUGUGUGUGUGUGUGUGUGUGUGUGCGCGUGUGUGUGUGUGUGUGUGCGUGACAGAAAUAGCAGACAUUCAGUUUGUGAAUUGGUCAA